GAGCUCGACUCCAGCUGGGGUUUAAGCCUCGAGCGUCCAUCGGAGAGGAGAAGGAACUGGAUCCGAGAGGAGGAGAAGGACAAGGGAAUGGAAGAAUUAGGCUCGGCAGCAGGCUUGGAAGUUGUGAGAUUCGCCGGCUCUGCGGCGAUCCAUUGAUGGUUCUCGUGCUUCACGGAGGUUUGUGGUCCUAUGGGGUUUUGGUCGGGAGAAUGCCAUUCCGGUGUAAUGUUCAAGGAUGAAAGAUGUGGAUGGGUUUGGAGACAGGUCUCGUCACGAUCGAGAAGAGGAUUCAGUCAAUGCCCGGGAACAUUUAUCGAAAUUUUGAGUCCAGCAAAAUUGGAUGCAAGAAUCUCGGUGACGUGUUCUGCAUUGGCCUGGCCUGCUUGCAAUGAUGAUUGGAACUUGUGAGCAUGGUCUGGAUUAAGCGCGUUAAUUGCGAAGGCGGGGCUGGGCAGUGAGAGCCUCUUGACGGGUGAAAUUGACGAAUAUGCAUAGGGCAGUGGGCCGCUACCAAGGCUGGAAGAUCAGUAAUUAUCUGGUGGGGCUGAGCCGCAAUCCCGGGAUCCAUUUAUCCGAUGGGCCGGGAUCCUUCAUGCAGGGCAUUUCAUGCGCAAAAAGUCCUCACUCUCGUGUGAACACGAAAUAUUUCUAUCCGAUGGAGAGCGUAGUUUUCAAGCAGUCCAUUCCUGUUUCCAGGAAUAAAGCUGUGGGUGCCACUGCCGAGAGAGGAGUAGGGUCGUCCAAAGCUCCCUUGCAGGUGGGUCGAAAUGGAACGAGGAAUCGUGUUGGUGCGAAGUCUGUAGGCGGCAGAUGUCUGUCGAGCAAAAGGUUGAUGGAGUCAGCCUUUCAGGUGCUUCGUGAUCUCAGAAAGGAUAAUUUUAGUCUGGGAUUGUUCAGGCUAGGCCGAUCAGCUGCCUCUGAGAAAAACCUUUUGAGUUCCAAUGCCCGUGAGCAUUCGGGGGAAGCGGAAUUCGAAUGGUCUGCGGCUCUUUGGGAAGCAGAGGUUUCAAGUACCGAGGACGAGAUAUGUUCGAAAAGCAGCUCUGGUAUUGGUCAAAUAAACCCUGCGGAAAUCCCACUGAAUGUCUUCACAGAUAGUGCCUCACGGGUGGCCCCGGGUGCGAUCGAAGAUGCUCGAGAUCCACCGCCAUCGAACGCAUUGGAAGCUCAAGGAAGCGACCGAAACCUUGCAGAAAUUGUCAAUUCAAAAGAAAAACCUUCAGAGUUGUCGCAAUUCUCUACUACUUGCAUAAUCGACCCAGACAAUCAUAUACAGGAGGAGGCUGUUGUAGAAGAGUCCACGAACAUGAGUGAGUCUUAUUUGAAAGGCAGCCCCAGCUCGGAUGUCGGUGAUUUUCAACAGAGUAUAGAGGAAGUCGUGACUUCCUCCAGUCGUGAUUUUACCGAGGAUGACGGUUUAGUACGCUCGAGUGACAGACGAGAAGGGUCGGAAAUUCAUUCCGAGUCUCUCGCACUUGAAUCAGUCGGUGAAAUUGACGAGGUAGAACAAGUGGAAAGGCUGAAGAAAUUGCGGGAAGCCGUAGCUCAUCAUGCAUAUCAGUACAACACUUUAGACGAUCCUCAAAUAAGUGAUUCGGCGUUCGAUGCCUUGGUCAGAGAAAUGAAAGAAGCUGAGGCUUCAUUCUCUAAUGGGAAUGACUCAGAACAUCCUGUGAUCGGUGCUCCACCUUCUCCCGCCAUGCCGAAAGUACAGCAUUCUGUGCCCAUGCUCAGCCUAGCAUCCGUACAGAAAGAAGAGGAACUUGUAUCAUGGCACCAGCGGCUGCAGCAAAAAUUGGGACCAGAUGAGAUAUCUCUGCAAUGGGUAGUUGAGCCUAAAGUCGAUGGACUUGCGCUCUCCCUGUUGUACGAGGAUGGGAAACUAGUUCGCGCUUCAACUCGAGGAAACGGUUUUGAAGGAGAAGACGUAACGCUAAAUGCGCAAAAUGUGUCAAAUAUCCCACAAGUACUUCCUGGUUCACAUUCUUCCUUCUCAACAAUCGAAGUCCGUGGAGAGAUAUAUAUGCCUUUGAAGCAGUUUGAAGAAAUAAAUUCAUCAAAGGUACAAGCAGGAGAGAAACCAUUUGCCAACCCAAGAAAUGCAGCAGCGGGAUCCAUGCGCUUACUUUCGCCGCAGAAAGUCGAUCACCGGCCAUUGAGUUUCGUAGCUUACAAUAUUGCCAAGAUAUCAUUCACAGAACCUGGCACGGAUGUUCCGAAGAGCUCUCUAUCUACACCGAGCAGUCAGUGGGAAGCAUUAAAACUCUUGAAUACUCUGGGGUUUUUUGUGAAUGAGGAUAACCAAAUUUUCAACACCUUCGAAUCGGCCCUUGAAUAUGCAAAAAGCUGGAGGAAUAGCAGGGCGGGCUUGGGGUAUGAAGCAGAUGGUGUCGUAUUCAAAUUGAAUGAUGGAGCAACGCAAGUACUACUUGGAGAUAUAGGAGGCAAUCCUCGGUGGGCAGUGGCGUGGAAGUUCGCAGCAACAGAGGUUGUGACAGUCUUGGAGGGAAUAGAGCUGACUGUGGGCAGAUCCGGUGUUAUUGUUCCAAAUGCUCGCUUGAAGCCUGUGGAGCUCGGAGGAGUAUCCAUAAGACGUGCGACCUUGCAUAAUUUCAAGAAUGUAAAAAAUCUUGGCCUUUGCGAGGGCGAUCACGUUAUUGUUCAGCGUGCGGGCGAUGUUAUUCCACAGGUAGUGCAAGCUCUAGUAGAGUUGAGACCAGUUGGAGCACAAACAUGGUCAUCUCCUACUCAGUGCCCUUCAUGCGGUUCAGAACUAAAAGAAGAACCAUCAAAGGCCAUGGUCUUUUGCCAGAACGCCAAUUGUCUGAGCAGACGUUCUCGUCAGGUUGAACAUUUUGCCAAGUCUCUCAUUAAUGGUUUGGGGCCUAAGAUUCUUACUCAGCUGCAAGAAGAAGGAUUGGUCGCAGAUCCAGCCGAUCUAUAUACUUUGAGUGAGGAAGCUCUGUCCAAUGUUCCACGUUUCGGAAAGAAGAGUGCAAAGAAAUUGCUCGGUGCAAUUGAGGAAAGUAAACUGAAACAAGACUGGGAGUUCAUAGCUGCACUAGGUAUCCCAAGAGUUGGUGUAGGAAUCUCGCGGCGCCUUGCAGAGCAUUUUGGUGGGCUACAAGGCCUCCUUAGCGCAAGCGACGAGGACAUACUGAGUGUUCCAGGAAUUGGUGAACAAACUCUGAAGGCAGUCUUCGAUUGGUGUCGCUGCGAAUCCAACAUCGGCCUGGUCAGCAAACUGCUAGCGGCUGGGUGUGCUCGUGCACCAAGUUACCUCCAGUCGCAAGGAGUCCUCAAAUCCCUCAACAUUGCUAACAACGCCAAGCAGGACAGUAUCGGAAUGGGAACUUAUGAUCAGCAUGAUGAAGAUGUAGAAACUGUUGCCGGAAAUGAGAACUCGGAAGAAAGCAGAGCAGCCGCUGAGCUGAAUGUUAGUCAGCAAAAAUUGCUUGGCAAGAUCGUGGUGAUAACGGGUAACUUUGGGUCCAAAGAUCGAGAAUACAUGCAAGCGCUGGUGCGGUUGUAUGGCGGGAAAGUUCGAAGUUCUGUGACGUCUAAGACAUCGUUCGUGCUUGCUGGAGAGAACCCUGGCGGGAACAAAAUCUCAGCUUGUAAAGAGCUAGGCAUCGAAAUUUUGGACUGGGAGAAGUUUCAAAGUCUACUCGGAACCUCUUGAAGUCGUAAACUCAAAAGCAGGACCUCAAGUACACAGACUAGUUAAUCAGAAUCACAUCACUCAGAGCUCAUCAUCACCGUCUUCCUCAAAAGUGGGGCAGGAAAAGCCAGCAUGCGGGGUUGACGGGACGAGCAUCCCUGGUGACCUCACGACCAAGCUAGAAGCCCUCGAGGGAUGUCAGCAGGUCGAGGAGAAGAUGGACAGGGUACUGCGGUAUGGAUCAUACAUUUCUAGAAUCUUGUGCUACUUGUGACAUCCUACCGUUUUCUCUUUUGAGGGCAUAACUCAGCAAAACGAACACCUGUUGGAUGUGUCACAAUCUGUUCGGAGCCGGGCAACGGUUGGUUGGUACGGCCCUUAAAUUUCUGGUGGGAAUCAGUUGAAGAUGUGUGCUGGCUGCAUCUUCACACUAUCCUUCUAUUCUCCGGACAUUUAGACAUUUAUCAUCAACGAGGAGUCGUGUAACAAAUUUAGAGGACCCUGCACACCAUGCACUGUCUUCGUGUCAUGGUGAAAAUCAUUCUUUAACUUUUUCAAAUAAAACCAAGAAUGUCUAUUUCUCACGC